GCUCUGUGGUUAAGGAAGCUGCCUGCCGGGCCAGGUGAGGUGGACGGCAGGGAGCGGAAGUCGCCGCCGACCUCAACGCCGACCUCCCUCUGGUGGGGUGGGGGCCGAGCCGAAAGCUGCGGCAGCGGCGGCGGAGACGGCUCACCAGGCCGUAGCUACCCUCGCGGCGGCCGCCCUUCACUCAACUGGUGCCGAGGCGGUGGCCUCGCGGGUGGACCGGCCGGGAGAAGGGGGGAGGGGAGAGCGGGGCGGAACCUUUGGGGCCGAGCUCGGGGUGCCACCGGAAGGAAGUUAAAUGUCGUCAGAAGACCGAGAAGCCCAGGAAGAUGAAUUGCUGGCCUUGGCAAGUAUUUAUGAUGAAGAUGAAUUUAAAAAAGCAGAGUCCGUUCAAGGUGGAGAAACCAGAAUAUGUUUGGAUUUGCCCCAGAAUUUCAAAAUAUUUGUGAGCGGCAAUCCAACGGAGUGUCUCCAGAAUGGUGGCUUUGAAUAUACAAUUUGCUUUCUGCCUCCACUUGUGCUGAAUUUUGAACUUCCACCAGAUUAUCCAUCAACCUCCCCUCCAGCAUUCACCCUCAGUGGCAAAUGGCUUUCACCAACUCAGCUAACUGCUCUGUGCAAGCACUUAGACAACCUGUGGGAAGAACAUCGUGGCUGUGUGGUCCUGUUUGCCUGGAUGCAGUUUCUCAAAGAAGAAACCCUAGCAUACCUGAACAUUGCUUCUCCCUACGAGCUCAAAAUGGGCCCCCAGGGGAAUAUACAGAGCAGGACAUCUCUGGCUCCUCCUAACACACAACUAGAUUUUGGGGGGGCAGCUGGCACUACAGUAGACCAGGAAGAAUUUGUGGAUAAGAGAGCUGUGCAGGAUGUGGAGUCUUUGUCCAGCCUGAUACGGGAAAUCUUAGACUUUGAUCAAGCUCAGCAGAAAAAGUGCUUUAACAGUAAGAUGUACCUGUGUAAUAUCUGCUUUUGUGAGAAGUUGGGCAGCGAGUGUAUGUACUUCCUGGAGUGCAGGCAUGUCUACUGCAAAGCCUGUUUGAAAGACUACUUUGAAAUCCAGAUCAGGGAUGGCCAGGUGCACUGUCUCAACUGUCCAGAACCAAAGUGCACCUCUGUUGCUACUCCUGGCCAGGUCAAAGAACUGGUGGAAGAAGAGUUGUUUGCACGUUAUGACCGCCUUCUUCUACAGUCUACUUUGGACUUGAUGGCAGAUGUAGUGUAUUGUCCCAGGCCAUGCUGUCAGACUCCUGUCAUGCAAGAACCAGGAUGUACCAUGGGCAUCUGUUCCAGUUGCAAUUAUGCCUUCUGUACACUUUGUAAAAUGACUUACCAUGGAGUUUCUCCAUGUAAAGUAACUGCAGAAAAGCUAAUUGACUUGAGAAAUGAGUAUCUUGAAGCAGAUGACACCAAUAAACGAUUUUUGGAACAGAGGUAUGGUAAAAGAGUGAUUCAGAAAGCUUUAGAAGAAAUGGAAAGUAAAGAGUGGCUAGAAAAGAACUCAAAAAGCUGCCCUUGCUGUGGUACCCAUAUAGAGAAAUUAGAUGGGUGUAACAAGAUGACAUGUACUGGCUGUAUGCAAUAUUUCUGCUGGAUUUGCAUGGGUUGUCUGUCUAGAGCAAACCCUUAUAGACAUUUCAAUGAUCCGUCUUCCCCAUGCUUUAACCGGUUAUUUCAAGCUGUGGAUAUUGAUGGUGACAUUUGGGAAGAUGAGAUUGAAGAUUAGUUAAACUACUUUAUUGCUCAAAGCUAUAGAAGUGGAAUGGUUUGCCCUAUUCUUUUGUCGAGUACAAUGUGUAACCCUGCAGGAGGUUUAGAGAACCAUUCAUUCUUCCCAUGUAGGAAGUGUGGAAGAACAUGGUUUUAUUUUCAUUUUCUGCUGAUUAAGGCACGUGUAUAAUUUUCCAGUGUUGUGUAAUGUGAACAAUUAUAAGCCAAAGGUUUUAGAAAACAUUAGCAAAAACUAGAAAAAAUAUUCCAUAUUACAAUGUGCCCCAGUUUCAGAACUAUAAGUGUUUUUCUUUGUUACCCAGGCUCAGAGGGAGAGGAGUCAAAAUGAUAAUCUUUUAAAGAUCUUUUUCAUAUCUCUAAGGCAUCUUGCUCUUCAGGGCAUCAAAUCAAAAGCACAUUCCUUGGGGUCAUUUCCCACUGGAGCCAUUCAGUACUGCUCUUUACACUCAAAGGGAUACUGCUGAAUCAUAGCCUAAGAUGUGCCCUUCCCACCAAUUCCAGGUCUCAUGCCUGCUGUAUCAGCCCCAGAGGUGGGAAUCUUAUUUCCUGCUAAGUUGAGUAUAGUUGAAUUAGUGAUUAAGUUGAUCAGAUCCUCCAGUGGCCUCUUGCACUUAUGGCUUUUAGAAUGAAAAGAGCAUACGGACAUUUUUCCAGUUUAUUGGAAAUCACUAAUUUUUUUCUGGUAUUACAAAUAUUUGUGGAUCAUCUAAUAUCUAUUUUCUUUUUUAUUUAACGAACAGAUUUGGGCCAAAUGUAGAGUUUAGUGAAUUGUUAUGAAAUCAUAAGAACAUGAGUGAAUCCCUUCACUUUAAAAUUAUGAUUUAUAUUCAACACUAAUACAUUUUUAUUUGAAGUAAAAUUCAAACAGUGACUUUACUCAGUCACCUACUAUCCUUAAAGCCCAUCUUUCACACAUACCUUUUAAGUUGGGUUUGUGAUUAAUGCAAACUGAUUUUAAUAUUAUCCUGGGCAAAACAUAUUAUGAAUGAAAUCAGUGAGGCAGAGGGUAAGGUUUCUUUUAGGUAAACCUAAGGGAAGGGGGGAAGAACAGGUAUGGGGAAAAUUGAUAUAGUUCCAAGGUGAAUAAAAAUUAUUCUUGAGUUAUCUGCUGCUUGUGACUAUUUAGAAUGCUACUCCCUGGUAGCAGGUAAUCAAGGUGUUAGUUCCAACCCUGACUUUGAAUUCUGCUUUUGAAAACUGUACAGUGAUGUAGAGUUUUUAGUUGGAAAUAUGGAGCCUUGCUAUUCAGUUUUUGUAAACUUGUAGAAAGCAACUAUUUUUUUUCCCCUCCUGUGGCUUGGUAGUAGUGGCUUGGUAGCAUAGUUAAUAUAAAGCUUCAAGUAAAUUUUUCUGGCUGAAGAAAGCCUAUAGUAUCUUCAUUUGCUGUUUGUGAAGCCAGUCCUUUUCCAUCUGCAUGCAAGUUGUUGAAAAUAAAAUUAGUAUUUUUUUCUUUUACUGUGAUUCUAGAGUUACAUUUUGGACCAUAAAACUUUUGAUUGGCAAUGGAAUUGUUAGCUUUCCUUUCUUUAUGUGAUUUGUUUACGCACCCCAUGUUGAGAGGGUAAUUUAGUUAUCUCUUGGCUAUUGUGAGCUAACUUGUUGCCAGUUCAGUCCUAAAGCAAUUGUCCAUACUAGAUAAAUAGAUAUAAUAAUUGGAUACUUAAGAAGAGGGCAAAAUAAAAUCAUAGAAUGAACAUUUUUUGUUCCUGAACCUCGAAUUGGAAUUAGAUUUCUAGGACCUGUGUUUUGACAAAACAAAUUGUUUUCAAGGACAGUGUGUUUUACAAACAUUUUUUUUACUUCACUUUUUAAAAUAAAUUGAACAUAAUAAAUGUGAAUUCAGAAAACUAAUUAUCUGGUAUAUAUCAGUGUAAAUGGUUACUGAGUGAAAAGAGAUUAAGUUCUGGUUUUUAAGCAACAAUUGGUCCCAUCAGACUGGGUGCUUAAAUCUGUUAAAUUGUCUGAUUUAUGCAAAUUAUUGUAUUGAGGCCACUGCAUAAAAUACACUGUUAGUGAGUAGAAGCAGGGAAGCCAUCUUUACAUGGGAAGAAUAAGAGUACUUCCAUAUGUAAAAGAAUGUUCUUAGAUGUAAAGCCUUCACCCUUAACCAUAGACAUUGGAAGGGGAGGGUCCUUAUUUUUUUCACAUGAUUUAUAAACUUAGUUUUAAUGUGGCUUCAACUUUUAGCUUCUAAUUGUAUUUCUGACGGGAAAAAAAUAAGAUACUGAUUUUUAUGUGUGGGAAAUGCUUUGGAAAGGUAUUCUUCAUCUAGAAAGUACACAAUAGAGAAAAGAGAUUUUAUAUAUCUUUAUAGUUUGGUUUCAUGAAGGCCUUGGUUACUGAACAAGAUGUUUUACCAUAGCUUAACUGAAUCCCAAUGAAAACUUCUGAAUAUUUGUGACAGAAUGAUAUCCUUUUCAGAUUUACUGCUGUUUAUUAAGCCUAACACAGUGGUUGGAAGAAACUACAUCCCUCUUAAUUUUAUAAAAUAGGGUUUGAGUCUAGUUCUGUUAAAAGUGAGAAUGUAAUCUACAAAUGAAUAAAUACUUUAUUUUAAAAAAAGCAAA